AAUCCCAGUCAGUGUCACGGCAACUGCCCGCAAUGUCGCACAGCAUAAUCAAAUUAUUGCUACUAGUCGCUAGUGUAGCUGUAUGUAUAUCCGACGAUACACAGGAUGUAAGGGAAUCGAGGAUAGUCCAGACCGCACAAGGACCCGUGAAGGGAUAUAAGAAGGAUGAUGUUUUCUAUUUUUAUGGGAUCCCCUAUGCCACAGCGCCUACCGGAACGCGCCGAUUCACUGCACCGCUUCCGGGGCCAGUAUGGGUGACCACACUUGAAGCAGUCAACGAUAGGAUAGUUUGUCCUCAAGGCAAAUAUCCUAUGAUAACUCCAUCGACUUAUGAGAUGCGUGAAGACUGUCUUGUGGCACACGUUUAUGUGCCCGACACAGAAGAGACGAAUCUUCCUGUCGUGGUGUAUGUUCACGGAGGAGCUUACCAAUUAGGAGCCGGAGUAUGGGGCUCACCAAGCCCGUUAGUGCGAACUAAAAAAGUAAUAGCUGUCACUUUCAACUACCGUUUAGGAGCGCACGGGUUCCUCUGUCUGGGUACAGAAAAUGCUCCCGGGAAUGCAGGGAUGAAAGACCAAGUCGCGCUGCUCCGAUGGGUGCAGAAGAAUAUCGCCAAUUUCGGUGGAAACCCCAAUGAAGUUACUAUUGCCGGGUACAGUGCAGGCUCGUCGGCGGUGGACCUUCUGAUGCUCUCCGAUACGACUAACGGUCUUUAUAAUAAAGUUAUACCUGAAAGCGGGGCAAGUGUAGGUCUAUGGAGCGUUCAACUUGAUCCUAUUCAGAAUGCAAAGGAUUUUGCUAAGCAGCUUAACUUCACAAACGUUAAUAAUGUCGAUAGUUUGGCAGAAUUUUACACAACUGCAUCAUAUGAGGCUUUGACGUCGGAUCUUUUCCUUGAUAGGAAGGAUUCCACUUUCAUGUUUUCGCCAUGUAUUGAACGUGAUAUCGGAGGUGAAAUGUUUCUCAGUGAUGCUCCAGUUAACAUUUUGACUCAAGGAAAAUAUAGAAAAGUACCAGUCUUGUAUGGGUUUGCAAAUAUGGAAGGUUUAUUCCGAGCCCCAUUGUUUGAGCAGUGGCAAGAAUCCAUGAAUGAAAGAUUUUCUGACUUUUUGCCAGCUGAUUUGCAGUUUAAUAACAAUGAUGAAAAGGAGCGUGUUGCGAAAGAUAUCAAAGAAUUUUAUUUUGGUGAUAAACGCAUAUCCUCAGAAACUGUUCAAGGAUUUGUUGAUUACUUCACUGACGUCAUAUUUGCAUAUCCUCACUUGAGAUCAGUAAAGAUGCAAGUAGAAGCUGGUAGUGAUUCAAUAUACUUAUAUGAAUAUUCAUUCUUCAAUCCACAUCCCGAAAAUGUUGGUAUUCCAGAGUUUGUAAAAAAAAUCAAAGGAGCAAAUCAUUGUGCCCAGACUUUUGCUGUACUGGAAAUAGAAUUUAAUGCAAACCUUGGCUCUGAUUCAGAUGAAUUCAAGAAAAUGAAAAAUAUUAUGGUUGACCUCUGGGUGAACUUUAUUACUACAGGAAAACCAGUGCCUCAAGGAUCAAACCUCCCCUCAUGGCCCCCGGUUGGCGCAAACAGGUCGCCUCAUAUGUCUCUUGGAGAAGAUAUAAAGCUCGAAGGGCCACUCUUGGAGGAACGUACACUAUUUUGGGAUGACAUCUACAGGCGUUUCUACAGAUCUCCAGUGGCGCCGUCUACACGCCAAGAUAGAAGUGAACUUUAACAAAAUGAACAAUGCGGUCAUAUUUUCAAGUUGUUAUGUGUACAAUGAAUCAAUGAUGUAGUUAUUAUUAGAAGACAUGAUAUUGAUAUUGUGAGAAGUGAUAGUGAUAAGAAUAAGUAUUUAAAAUAGCGGAUCUUUCAAUCCAUCUGUGGUUAUAUUUGUUCAAAUAAAGGUCAGCAGAAGAA